UCUAUCUUUUUUCUUUCCCUUUAUCUUCCUUUACGCGCAUACGAUAUACGCAUAUAUAUAUAUACGAUCGUAUGCAUGUAGGACACCCGAUUCGUGAAAUUACAGGCUCUGAUUCACGUGCACAAAAGCAUCGGGUUCCGCACCAUUUUCACGUGGCGUCGUUAAAGUGAUGUUCGAUCGACGCAACGUGUGUAACUCUCGUACCAUAGAUACAUAACAGCCGAUAUCGAGGUAUCGCAUCUCAGGCACGCGAACAUAAUUGUUUCUAAUUAUAACGACCUAUUGGUGCGCUAUCAUGAAUGCUCUAGUAACCGUUGUACUAUCGAGUAACCAAUUCUCUCAAUUGCCUCUUACGAGACUCGUGCCCGCCGUUUCUUCUUUUAUCUCAUUAAUUUACGAGUUUCCGAGAACACGAGCGAAUCUCGACUUGAUGGGACGACUUCUAACUACGUUGAACGGCCGGGGAACGAUGAAUGAAGCGACUUGUGUCGCGAUCAAAGAAGAAGAGCAGACACGCAACGACUCGACCACAUCCUCGCGUCGAUGAACUCACGAGCGUGGUGCAUUUCAGCGGUCACGGUCCAUGGGAUCUUCGUUCGAGAGGUUAUACACCAGUUUACUAUGCCUACGCUGCGGCGAGUGAGCGGAGGCGGCGGCAGGUUAGGUCGGCUCGCAUUAAUCUAGGAGCGUGGAGGCGGCAACAGGUGCUCGGGUCACGGUUCGAUGCCCCAGCCUCGAGAACGUCUUCUUUUUUCUCUUCCUACUUUUAUUGUUACUCCUUCGCUCUUUUCUUCCCUCCCUUCUCGUUGCUCCCUGUCUACUCGUUUAAAUAAUAAUUCUUUUCUAAUAAUUUCACGCACUUGCUCUUCCGUCAUAUUAUUAUUUUCUGAAAAUAUUCCUAGAAACGAUAAUCGGGUUUCGAAACUUGGGAGGGGAAACAGUUUGGACAGGUUCUUGCACCUGUUUGUCGUAUAUGUACGGCUUGUUACGACGCCUGGUUUUCUUUGCCUACGGACGCAGGCUUCACGAACCGCUCGCUAGAUGUCCUGGGGUACCUGAAGUACCUGAAGAUAUCAGUGUGUCCGUGAUUCAUCUCGCACUUUUGUUUGUCGUGGGCCUUUUAGGGUCCAGGUAAGAAGGAUCGAGUAGAACUCGAGUGUAUUUCUCUCUCAAGUGGCAAGGAUAGGUAGACAAAGAUCUUAAUUAAUUUUGCGAAACUAAUUCUCGUGGCAAUUGAGAAAUUCUCUUAAUUUUCUUUCUUUGUUUUGCUCACCUGUUUUGGAAAAUUCUUUUCUUGUCGAGCACUUCCUUAUUCGUCGUCGAGGAUUUUCAUCGUUCCGGGUCGUCGUGGGAAACGUUAAACGGACCAUCUUUCGAACGGAUGUUAACGGAUGGAAGCGGGUUCGAUCGACCGAUUCAAAGUGUGCGAUCAAACUAAAUUUCUUUUCCAGAGAUCCAUUUAAUAUAUAUUUCGUGGAGUAAUCUUCGCUUCGAUCGCAGUACAGUUAGGAAUCCGUAUGUGCAUGCCAAGGGAGAAAGAAGAAUAAAAAAAAGAAAAAAUAAAAAUAAGAGAUAAAAAGUUAGCCGGUGGGAUCUAGGUCAUAAGUCGGAAGAACCGCUGCUUCAAACUCAUCGAGUAUGUAGUAGACAUUACGAUAUAACGUUAGAAGAGUUGAAAUUAUUUUUCGCCGGGAUUGAUCAGUGCGUUUCAACGGUUGGCCAAACGAUUUUACCGUAAUAAAAUCGUGAACAUUUUGGAUGAGUAAUGAAAAAGGAUGAGAUUAUAAGCUAUAAGUUAAGAAGCUUACGCGCCUUUUGAAAUUCUUAGACUCUUGGCUCAUAUACCUGUUCAUGUUUUUGAAACUGACCAUCUUGCCAGAAUUGUAUUCUUUUCAUUACUUGGUCCCGGACCAUCCAGAAAUCGUUUAAAUUCAUGUACAAUUGUUUGAAAUGUCGGAUAACGGGAUACGCGCAAUUUUUAAAAUUUACGAAAUGGAAUGUUAAAAUUACAUCGUGUAAAAGGUGGAAAUCAGAUAAAGUAAAACUUACGUCAAUCGAGAUAAUUCUUUUAUCAUUCUGCUAGAUUGUUUAUCAAUAAAGCUUCUCACUGAAACAGUAGCUAAUAUUUAAUAAUAUUUAAUUUUUCUCGAUCGAAUCAAAUCAUAUAAAUGGAAUAUUAUACGAUAAAUAUCCAUCUCGAUAAACAUACCCGUAAGAUAAACAUUUUUGCAUUCAUAAUCACGAACGAGAUUAGCGAUCUGGAAGAAAGUAGCGUAUUUAGUGUCCACAUCUGUUAACGGAGGUGCCGCGUGCGCCGCUUAGUUUUACCGCGAACAUAAACAAGAGGUAGAAUAUCGGCGACGUUAGGAAUGAUCAACGAAUAAAAAAUUAGCUACCAUUUGGCUUGGCGCCAGAUCGCAAGAAUUCUCACGCCUAGCGAAGAACGAGCUUUCCGUGGGAUUAGACUCGGUUUCGCGAUUUUCAUUUGGCCGAGGCGAUCGAAGAAUUUGCCCGCGAAACGGUAAAUGGUUAAGAAAGGCGGUUGAAUAUAUAUCAGAGCGUGUUAUUCACGCGUGAAACGAACAAUCCGCGUCCCAUUUGGCACACAUUGGUUAGAUUAAUUCGCGAUUCGUGGUAUUUUCUCGACGCGCCCCUGUCGUUACGUGACCUGCCCUACGAACCUGUUUGUAACGGCAGCUAUUCUACUCCGCCUGUAAGGCGUUGUCAAAAAAGACAGAGGCCUUGCGCUCGAUCUCUGUCUAGCGAACAGUGGUCCCUUGGCCCCGUCUUUGUUCCUCUUUCGGUCGGUUUCACCCCGACUCUUCGCCCGUGUCGAUUUCUCUGUCCAACGAACGGAGAAAGUGAAGGAUGAACGAGCCGCAAUGGCGGGGCAUGCGAGGAGUAGGUUCUGGAACCUCGAGGCUCGAGGUAGAGAGGCAGCUUGGGUGGGCGGCAGUUGUCCAGACCGCCGCAGUCUGUGUCGAGGCGACGUGCUCUACACGACGGAGCGGCAAAUCGCGUCUUCUCCAACUCGCAAGCCGCUCGCUCGCUCUCCUUUUCUCCCCUUCUAUCUCCUCCCUUCCUCUUUCCUUUUCAUUCUCCCUCCUCCCUUCUUCUUUUCUCUGUUUCUCUCUCUCUCUCUCUUUCCUUGUCCGUUCACGCGUCUCCAUUCCUUCUCUCUCUCUCUCUUUCUCUCUCUCUUUCUUUCUCGGUGUAUCGGUCCCUCCUCGCGUUCGUCGCACUGUUCCUUAUCCACCCGUUGUUGUGUGUGCUCCUUUUUCCUCGGCCCAUUCAUCCUUCUCGGUCCACCUUUCCGUCUUUUUCUUAUCCGAUCGUUUCUCCGCGCGCGAGCGUGCGCGGCCGCGCUUUCCUCUCGCCGCGAGUCUCUCCGUCCUCGUCCUACGGCCUACAGCUACCUGGCCGUGUUACGGCGGGGUUCCGGAUACGCGCGUCGACUUCGUCAACGUUGUCGUGCGGUACGUUCUACCAAGAAUUCCAGUGCCACGUCUCGAGUAGCGGCGAUCGGUCGGUUUGGUUGGUCGCUUGCUUGCUCCGUCGGUUGUUCCGUUCGACAGUGUCGUCGCGUGUAUCAUCCAAUGUGUAAUACAGCGUUCGUGAUAAUGUUUAUCAUUUACCGUGUUUUUUUUUUCGCGACGGAUUUAAGAAGUUGAUACGAUACGAUACGACAGUGCGAUAAUCGUUAAGUCCCGGAGAAAGGAACUCGUGGGUGUUACUCGUCGCCUUUGAUACACGUGACAGUUCGGUGCACGCUUGGAAUUAUCGCUUAUACUUUACGUGUAUACUAUACGUGUAUAUAUCGAACGAAAAAUUUCGGUAAAUACAUUGGCCUGUGAGCAAAACACGAGGCGUUCCUUAUAGGCGACGAGCAGCGUCCUCGAAAUAUCCGACCCGAGAAAGAAACGAAAAAACGAGAGGGAGGGGAGGCACGCCACAACGGGGAAAAGUGAAUUUUGAAGGAAGAAUCGAGAGUCUUCCAUCGACUUGAAGUGCCAUACGUAAUAACGAACCUUCCAUUAAGAUAAGUCAGCCUACCUACUUUAAGUAAGUCGUGUGUUUUCAACUUGCGAGACUGUAAUAUACGCGAGAAGAGGGAGAUUGACAUUGAUCCGAAAGGGAACAAGGAGAAACGUUAGUGUUUUUGUUUUUUGUGCGCGUACGUCACGUAUGUUGGCGAACGAGGGGAAAACGAGAUAGUGGAAAGAAAAAGAAGGAAAGGAACGUUACGGCGUACGCGAGAAAGAGAGGGGAAAAAAAAGAGAGGAAGAAAGAGCCGAUGAAGACAGGGGAAGACGUCGUUCAGUCGUUGGCUGGUUACGAAACAACCUCGUAAGAAGAUUCGUAGCGAGCUUAACUGGUUAACGAGAUGUCCACUCAGGCUUAUUACAAGGAGAGGCUCGGCUUCGAUCCGGCCGAUACCGUGGCGGAACACCACCGUGAGCAGAGAUCGCAGCACGGAUACGAGGAGUCUCUGUCCAAGUUCAAAGGUCAGAACGAAAAUGGAUUUUCGUGGAUGAUGGAACGACGGGUGGAAAAUUGGCGGGUGGAAGGGGCGGCCGCGGAGGAACACCGUUCCGGCAGCACUCAGGCUUUCUGGGGUUGCUGGGCGAUGUUCAUCGAGGCGCACGACGAACGAGACGCGAUACAAAAGAAAACAUUUACCAAAUGGGUGAACAAGCAUCUGAAAAAGCACUGGAAAUACGUCAAGACUUACACGUGCCUGCACGUGUGCGUCCUUGUCAACAAUCAACCAUGCUGUUCCCCCACUGCCAGCAGACAUGUCGGAGAUUUGUUCGAAGACCUGCGGGACGGGUACAACCUCAUUUCCUUGCUGGAGGUUCUCUCGGGCGAGCAUCUCCCGCGAGAACGAGGUCGGAUGCGUUUCCACAUGCUGCAAAACGUGCAGAUGGCUCUUGACUUUUUACGUUAUAAGAAAAUCAAACUCGUCAAUAUACGUGCCGAGGAUAUCGUGGACGGAAACCCAAAGCUGACCCUAGGUUUGAUAUGGACCAUCAUACUACAUUUCCAGAUAUCCGAUAUCGUGGUUGGUCAGGAGCCCAACGUGACCGCCCGGGAGGCGCUUCUAAGAUGGGCCAGACGAUCGACGGCGCGCUACCCCGGAGUGCGCGUCACGGACUUCACCGGCUCGUGGAGGGAUGGAUUGGCAUUCAGCGCGUUGAUCCAUCGAAACAGACCAGACCUGGUCGACUGGAGGAACGCUCGCGCCAGUCAGCCACGAGAGCGGCUCGAUCGUGUGUUCAACGUCGCGGAGCGCGAGUAUGGCGUUACGAGGCUUCUCGAUCCUGAAGACGUGGACACCCCGGAACCGGACGAGAAGUCCUUGAUAACGUACAUCUCUUCGCUCUACGACGUGUUCCCGGAGCCGCCGCCCAUUCAUCCGCUGUACGACGCGGAGGCGCAGAGGCGGUCGGAGGAGUACAGGGAGCUCGCGAGCUCCCUCCACCUGUGGAUCCGCGAGAAGAUGUGCCUGAUGCAGGAGCGGGCCUUCCCCCCCACUCUGAUCGAGAUGAAGAAGCUGGCCGCGGACAGCACGAAGUUCAAGAACGAGGAGGUGCCGCCUCGCUACAGGGACAAGCAGCGGCUCUCGUACCUGUUCAGGGACCUGCAGAAGUAUUUCGAGGCCGUUGGGGAGGUGGACAUCGAGGCCGAGCUUCACAUCGAGGUGAUCGAGAAGAAUUGGAACCGAUUGAUGAUGCUGCACCAGGAGAGGGAGCAGGCCAUAGUGGACGAGAUAAAGCGGCUCGAGCGGCUGCAACGAUUGGCGGAGAAAGUGCACAGGGAGAUGAAAUCGACCGACAACCGACUGGAGGAGCUGGAGAGAAGGGUGGAGGACGAGGCGAGGCGCCUCGACCGACUUCAUCCUUUGGAGGCGAAACACGCCGUGGACCUGCUCGAGCAGGACAUACGCAACACCGAGAUACAGAUUCAAAAUAUCUUCACCGACGUGCACACUCUUACCGAGGGACGAUACAGUCAGGCGGCCGAGUUGCACAAAAGGGUUCAAAAGCUACAUCAACGGUGGGUCGCGCUGCGAUCUCUUCUUCACAAACGUUUGGUACAGCCGCUCUCGGCCGUUUCGUUCCCGGUGGAGGAACGCGUGGUCACGAAACACCGCACCACCGUGCACGAGACCCGGCUGGUCGACACGAAUCCGCACUUCCGCUCGCUGCACGACUGCAUCGACUGGUGCAAGGCGAAGAUCAAGCAGCUCCAGGACGCGGACUACGGGUCCGACUUGCCGAGCGUGCAGAACGAGCUGGACGUCCACCAGAAGGAGCACAAGAACAUCGAGCAGUUCCAUCCCAAGGUGGACAGAUGCGUGCAGGCGAAGAGCCACUUCCACGGCGAGGAGUCCACGUUGUACAGCCAGCACUUGGCCGUGCUCCAGAAACUUUACACCGAGUUGUUGGCCGCCUCCAACAAGCGGCUCUCCGACCUCGACACCCUUCUCGACUUCAUACAAUCGGCCACGGGCGAGCUGGUCUGGUUGAGCUCCAAGGAGGAGACGGAGGUGACGCGCGACUGGAGCGACAAGAAUUUGAACGUGCAGAGCAUCGAACAGUAUUACGAGCGUACGUUCGGAUCCGGUAUCGAGUCCCUGAUGAGCGACCUGGAGAAGCGAGAGAUCCAAUUCUCAGCGGUGCAGGACCGGGGCGAGGCGUUGGUCCUCCAACACCACCCUGCCGCGAAAACCAUCGAGGCCUACAUGUCCGCGAUGCAGAGCCAGUGGGCCUGGCUCCUCCAGUUGACCCUUUGCCUGGAGGUGCACCUGAAACACGCGGCCCAGAGCCAGCAGUUCUUCCGCGACGUGCAGCAGGCGGAGCAGUGGAUCUCGAAGAGGGACGAGACGCUCAACACCAUCUAUUCCCAGUCGGAUUUCUCGUUGGACGAGGGCGAGCGGCUGCUGAAAGGUAUGCAAGAGCUGCGCGAGGAACUGAACGGCUACGGGGACCACGUGCAGAAGCUGGUCGACCAGGCCAAGGACGUGGUCCCUAUGAAGCAACGACGACAGCCCGUCACGCGACCCAUGCAAGUCAGCUGCGUGUGCAGUUACAAGCAGGUUAACAUGUCGAUCGAGAAGGGCGAGCAGUGCACGCUGUACGACAACUCGGGGAGGAUAAAGUGGCGCGUGAAGAAUCAGGAGGGGGUGGAGACGCCCGUGCCGGGCGUCUGCUUCGCCCUCCAGCCGCCCGACAAGGACGCCCUCGAGGCCGCGGAGAGGCUGCGCCGCCAGUACGACAGGAGCAUCGCGCUGUGGCAGCGGAAGCAGCUGCGCCUGCGGCAAAACAUGAUAUUCGCGACCAUCAAAGUGGUGAAAGGUUGGGAUUUGCCUCAGUUCCUGGCGAUGGGCCAGGACCAGAGGACGGCGAUCAGGAAGGCGCUGAAUGAGGACGCGGAGAAGCUGCUGUCCGAGGGGGACCCGGCCGACCCCCAGCUGAGGCGGCUCAAGAGGGAGAUGGCGGAGGUGAACAAGCUGUUCGACGAGCUGGAGAAACGCGCGCGGGCCGAGGAGGAGUCGAAGAACGCGGGCCGCAUCUUCAACGAGCAGAUCUCCGCCCUCCAGCAGUCCCUCGAGGAGGCGGAGCGGGCGCUGAGCUGCCGGGUGGCGGCGCCCCUGCCCAGGGACACGGACAGCCUGGAACACCUGGUGCUGCAGCACAAGGACUUGGAGCAAAGCCUGAGACGGCUGGCGCCCGACCUGGACAGGGUUCAGCAGACGUUCCGCGGCAUCACCCUCAAGACGCCCGCGAUGAGGAACAAGCUGGACGCCGUGACCACCAAGUGGACCCAGAUCUGGAACUCGAGCAACCUGUACGUGGAGCGACUCAAGUGCGUCGAGAUCGUGCUCUCCAGGCUCGAGGAGAACACCGCGGCGAUAUCCGAGCUCGAGGUGAAGCUGGCCUCGUUCGACGAGCUCCCCUCCGAUAUAAAGGGGCUGCAAAACGUGUUGGAGGAUCUGAUGGUGCUUCAGAACGCCAUCGCCCAGCAGCAGGCGGCGAUGGACCAGUUGAACGAGGACGCGCACAACGCCAGACGGCUGGUCGAGAAGUCCAGGUCGGCCCAUCGCGGCCCCCACUCGGACGUGGACCGCUUGGACGACGAGGUGAACAGGCUCAACUCCAGGUGGACCAACAUCUGCGGCCAACUCGUCGACAGACUUCGCAGCGCGGAAACCGCUUACGCGCUCGCCCAGCAAUUGGAGCACGCUUAUAGAAACGAGGUCGACUUCGUCGACGAAUCGUACAACAGACUCGAGAUGGAGAACGCCAAGAACCUGCUGAACAGAGCGGUGGAGCGAGCGCCCGCGAUCGAAGCGGUAAAUGUGACGGGCGGUCGAUUGAUUCGCGAAGGAAAGAUCUACGGACAAAGGCUUCGAGCGUUCAAGGAACAAUUGGAAGAUAUCUGCCCGUCGUUGGAUGCUUCGGUGAAAAAGCCUCGUCGAGAGUUCGUCUCGACGGUGGACGACAUCGCGCGUGAUCUAGAUACCCUCAACAGAAGAUACACCACGCUUGUCGAUAUACUUCAGGAUCGGGUCAGGCAGCUGGCAACGCAAUAUCCCGAGGACACGUCGCUACAGCGCGCCCUCCAGGAGCAGAGGCCGCUGAGGACGUUCCGCACCGAGUUCAACAUCUACGAGAACAGCAGCUGCGAGGAACGUUACACCUCCACGACCACCCACUACACCCAAUCGCAAUACAGCUUGGAACGACACGAGAGGACAGAGCGCACGGAGCGGAGGGAGAUAAGCGAGACCAUCGUCUCGUCCACCGACACGACACGACGCUCCCAGGAGAGCGCCCGCUUGGAAAGUCGAAGCGGAUCCGUCGGCCGGGAUGGCGGGAUCUCGCCGAGGCGGGAGGCGGAGGUCGAAGAGAAAGCGUCUCGUAAACACGUGAAGCGGGAGGAGGAGGAGGAGGAGGAGGAGGCUUCGUCGAGCGACGCCGCCACCACCGCUAGCGAGCGUUUUAGCGAGAUUAGGAGUUUAAAGAGGAGCUUAGAGAGGGCGGAGGAGGGCGUAGGUAGCAACGUGAUCGAUGCUAGGGGUAUCGUGGAUCCACGUAGCGGGGAACUGUUGACCGUGGGCGAGGCGAUAAACCUUAGGAUCUUGGACGUUAGGAGGGGUAGGAUAACGUGCUCGAGGGACGGGCAGAGAAAGACCGUCACCAUAGAGGAAGCGGCACGCGAGAAGAUGAUCGAGACGCGGCUCGCCGACCGGCUCCUAGGUCCGUGCGGAUACGACGAGGAGGGCCGGCCGGUGUCUCUGCUCGGCGCGAUCCAGCGGGAGCUGUGCGACGCCGAGAAGGCGGACGGUGUCGCGGCGGACCGAGCGAAGGUAACUUACUACAGAGAGUGUGGCGGUAGCGGUAGGCCGGCGGUAGCCGAUGCGAUGAGGGACGGACGCGACGACGAACGCGACGAGGACGACCGAGACGAGCGCUUAGGCGGCAGCGGCACGUUCAGUUCCGCGUUGGACCCGCGCACCGGCGAGUUCGUCACCGAGACUGGCGAGAGGCUGUCGGUCGAGGAGGCCCACGCGAGGGGCUACCUGGCCAAGCUAGACGCGACCGUGACGAUGAAGAGGGCCGCGGUCACCCUCUCCGACGCGAUGGACCACGGCCUGGUGGACGAGGCGGGCCGUGUCCUGGACCGCGUCACGGGCGAGUACCACACCCUCGCCGAGGCGGUCGAGAAGGGGAUUCUGGACGCGAGCGUGAAGGAGGUGGUCGAGCCGAGCGCGGCCAACGGCGGCAAGAUCAGCCUGCGCGAGGCCCUCGAUCGCGGCGCCAUCGACUCGAGCAGCGGGAAAUACGUGAGCGAAGCGAGCGCCCUCUCGCUCAAGGAGGCGCGCGAGUCGCGCCUGAUAGCCGUGCCUGUAACGUUGAAGGAUUGCUACGACGCGGGGAUGAUGGACGAGAGGGGGAGAAGCGUGUUGAGCCCGGCCGAGCGCGGCUGCAAGCUGUCCGUGAGGGAGGCGAUGCGGGCGGGGAUCCUGGACGAGGAUCGGCUGAGGUCCGUCACGGAUUCGCGGACGGGCGAGAUGGUCACGUUGCGCGAGGCCGUGAGGCGUGGCCUGAUCGACCCAGAGAGGGGAACGUACGCGAGCGCCGAGGAGGAGGCCACCAGUAUCUCGGAAGCGGUGGAGAGGGGGUGGAUCGUGUCGCUGGUUCGGAGAACGAUAUUCGACGUGGACGGGUUCAAGGAUCCGUCGAGCGGGGAAUACGUGAGCUUGAACGCCGCGCUGCUCAAAGGUUUGGUCCGAUUGGAGGCGGGUCGCUGCGUCUACGCGGUGGAUCCCGGGAGCGGAGGGUGGAUCUCGGUGGAGGAGGCCGAGGAGCGCGGCUACGUGCGGUCCAACGUGGCGGAGAUGUUGAACCUGGGGAUCGGGAUGGCGAGGAAGGGUAGGGAGAUGACGCUUCUCGAGGCGGUCCUCUCCGAGUCGAUCGACCCGAGGACGGGGAUGCUGUUGGAUCGCAGCCGUGGCAGGAGACCGAUAUCUCUCGAGGACGGCAUCAAGCGAGGCCUCAUCACUCCCGACGGCGCUGCGUUGCUCACCGCUCUUUUGGACAUCGCCGUCACCGUGCAGACGACAACGACGAAGGUUCGGGAAGAGGGGGGGAGAAUGGAGGAUACGACCUCGUUCGAAGCGAUGGACGUGGUCGAUAACGUACCAAGAGCGAUCGGCACUACCACCGUCGUUAUCGCCAAGGACCGCGUGGUCCCCUCCUCGAAGGACGCGAAAACGAGGACGACGACGGUUGACCCGUCCUCCUCCUCAUCCUCGUGGGCGCUCGAGUGCAAGGAUCCGGAUCAAGAUCAGGACACGAGCGUGGUGAACGAAUUCGGGAAGGGAGAGGAGGGGGCGGGUAGUGGUCGUUGGUCGACGACCGAGAAACGGGUGUUCGAGUUGCCGACCGACGGUUGGUCCCUGUCCGAGGCGAUCGAGAGAAGAUUGUUCGACCCGACCACAGGCCUGUUCAUAAUACCAGGCACGGACAGGCUGGUUUCGUUCGAGGAGUGCGUCAAGUUACGGAUAAUCGAUCCGAACUCGAGCCUCGUGAUCGAUCCGAGCAACGGGAGAAAAGUUUCCCUUCUACGAAGUUUGGAGAAGAGCAUCCUCGACUCGACCGGCCAUUACACGAGCCCGAGAAAGAUCACGAUGAAGGAGGCGAUCGACCAAGGAUUGGUCGUACUCGACGACGGGAACAGGACGGAGACGGAGACGAAGUACGACAAGAGCUCGUCGUCGCAGCACAGGCUUCUACGGGUGACGAAAGUGGUCGGCGAGCCGGACAAAUUGGAGGUGACUCGAUCCGACGAUCCGUCGAAACGGUUCGAGAUAAAAGUCUCCGAGGCGGGCCACUCCAUACCCGACCCGGUCAGAGUUUCCCGAGGCCUGAUCUACGAUCCGAGCACAGCGCUCGUCAUAUCGACGGAGAGCGGAAGAUCGACCGAGUUGCUUCAAGCGCUGUCCGACGGCACUUUACCGGCCGAGCUGGUGCUGGUUAAAGAUCCCGCAACGGGGAGGGACAUCGGCAUAACCGAAGCCGUGCAGCGCGGAAUCGUGGAUUCGGACGCGGGCCGCUACAACGUGGACAAACGCAGGAAGAUAUCCCUCCUCGACGCCGCGAAGUUCGGCAUAGUGAGCGUGAUCGGCUCGCCCCUCGUCCCGAUCGCCUCCUCGACCACGCCCACCAAAGACGGCGUCCCCACCUACCGGACGGAGGCGGAACGAGUCGCGAGGGAGCAAGCGUUAUCGCCGGUCGAUCAGGAAGAAACCUCCGUGACCGGUAAACCGCCCGCCUCCGUCUCCAUCUCGGAAUCGGAUUCGGCGAUCGGCUCCACCUCGGUCGUCGACUCGGCCACCGACUUUUCCCCGACCGCCGCGAGCGAGGAGCCCUCCGUCUCGAGAACCGAGGAGGAACUGGAGGGGGACCUGAAGUUUCAAUACGCCAGCAACGCCGUGGUCGUGCAGCGGCCCUCGCCCGAGACCGAGAUCGUGCUUCAGAAGAUGAGGAAGAGAGUGAUGAGGACCAACGAGGCGCUCGAGACUGGACUGAUCGACGAGGAGACGGCCGAAAUCUUGACCAAGGAGCUGACGACCGCGGACGGCAGACGCGUCUCCUCUCUGUCCGACGCGAUCCGCGGCAACGGGAUAGACGCUCGCCGGGGCCGGGUGGUCGACCCGCAGCGGGGCGACGUUCUGAGCAUAGGCGAGGCGGUGGAGCGCGGCAUCCUGGACCCGGUGAGCGGCGACGUUCUGGUGCCGUUGGCCAAGAGUUUGUCGAUCCCCGGCCUCUACGAGCAGGGGCUGCUCGACCCCAGGGAAGGGAAGGUCGUCCACCCGGAAACGGGCGCCCGCCUCACCCUCGGCGAGGCGAUCCUCUGCGAGAUAGUCGACCCGUGGUCCCGACUCACCUGCUCGGACGGCCGCAUCGAGACCCUGCGCGGCGCCAUCGAGAGCGACCUCGUUGACCCCGACAGGUCGCUGAUAAGGACGAGCGGAGGGGGCAGCGUGGGCCUGGUCAAAGCUGUGGAGAGCCGCACCGUGUUCGCCGAACGGGCCAACACUCGACAUCAGGAGAGGAGCAUCCCCCCGGCGGGGAUGACGUUCGCCGUGGCCCUCGAGCGAGGCUUGAUCGACGCCUCCGGCAAGGAGAUCCGACACCCCAUCACAGAGGAACGCCUCCCCUUGGAGGAGGCUAUAAGGGGCGACUUCAUAAUGUCGCUGCCUUGCCCGGUCACCUCCGAUAGCAUGGAGGUGACCAGGGCGUUGGAGGCGGGGCUGAUCGACCGAGAGAAAGGGGUGUACGUGCACCCGACGACGGGCACCCCCGUCAGCCUGGCCACCGCCAUCGAGUCGGGACUGCUGGUCGUGAAACCGAGCAGCACGUCGGCGGGGGUGACGGAGACGGUGACGUGCCAUCACACGGUGAGCAGGAGGACCGUGGAGAUCUCGCCUGGUUACGAGCUGGCGAGCGGGGACCAGGUGAGGAACCUGGAGACGGGGCGCGUCGUGGGGAUGGCGGAGGCGCGAGGGAUGGGGAUCGUGAGGGAGGAGGGCGCGGAGAGGAGGGAGCGUUUCACGACCAAGGACAUAAGGACGACGUUCGACCGCGCGUUCGAGAGAGGUUUGCUCGACAUGAGGGAGGGCACUUUCACCGACCCGGCCACGGGGCGUUCCAUGCCUAUCGGUCGAGCGGUCGAGAGCGGCCUGUUGGAGGACGGCGAGGAAUCGUCGAGGAGGGUGGGAGGAAUCGAGCGGGUGUACGACGAGGGGACGGAGAGGUUUCUGGACCCGGAGACGAGGGAGGCGUACACGCUCAGCGAGGCGAUGGACGUGGGACUGGUGGACCCGGACACGGUCAUCUACGACGCGGGCACCGCGGGCACGAUGACGGCAAGGGAAGCGGUGGAGAGGGGGGUGAUCGAUCCCGUCACGGGGAGGACGAGAGAGGAUCAAGGGCGCGGGACGGUGUCGUUGAAGCAAGCGGCGAAAUUGGGACUUUUGGCGGUGGUCGCGGCGCCGGUUCUCGCUGGAAAGGCGGUGUACGAUGCCGUUCGCGACGCGAGGAAGGACCGGGUUGGAGAGGAAGGGGUGAAGUCGAGGUCGAGGAUGGACGAGGAGUCGAAGGGUCUGGGGAAGAGAGAGCCAGUUGCCGAGACGCCGACUCGUGGAGACUCCAGGAAGGAAUUUGCGGUGGAAACGAGUGUCGAAGAGCGAAUUGAAAGGGACGAAGAGUCGAAGAAAGAACUCGUGUCGAGAAUGGAUGUAGAGAGGGAACGGGUGGAGAGUGGAACAAAAGUUGAACGAGUAGAACCGAAGAAGGAAGCUGAGCUAAAAAUGGAUGUGGACGGAGAACAGGUGGAGAGGAAGAAAGAAGCCGUAUCGAAAGUUGACGGGGGACAAGUGGAACCGGAGAAGAAACUCGUACCAAAAAUAGAUCCGGACAGAGAAGAAGUGGGGAGCAAGAAAGAGGCAGUAGAGUUGAAAAAGGAACCUGAACUAGAAGAAAUGGAUGUGGACAGAGAACAGGUGGAGAGGAAGAAAGAGCCCGUAUCAAAAGUUGAACAAGUACCUGAGAGGACGCUCGUAUCGAAAAUGGAUGUAGACGAAGAACAGGUGGAGAGGAAGAAAGAAGCCGUAUCGAAAGUUGAUGUAAAACAAGCAGAACCGAAGAAGGAACCUGUGCCAAAAGUAGAUGUAGACGAAAAACAGGUGGAGAGCGAGAAAGAACCGGUAUCAAGAGUUGAUGUGGAGCAAGCAGAACCGAAGAAAGAACCUGUAUCCAAAAUAGAUGGCGAAAAACAAGUAUGCAAGGAAGAAUCUGAGAACAAAGAACGAGUAGAAACGAAGAAAGAACCUGUACCAAAACUAGACGUAGACAAAGAAUUGAUAGAGAGCAAAAUGGAAUUUGUAUCAGAAGUAGAUUCUACCAGAGAAUCUGUAUCUAAAAUUGACAAACAAUUGAUAGAGACCAAGAUGGAAUUUGUAUCAGAAGUUGAUUCUACCAGAGAAUCUGUAUCUAAAAUAGACAUUGACAAACAAUUGAUAGAGAGCAAGAUGGAAUUUGUAUCAGAAGUAGAUUCUACCAGAGAAUCUGUAUCUAAAAUAGACAUUGACAAACAAUUGAUAGAGAGCAAGAUGGAAUUUGUAUCAGAAGUAGAUUCUACCAGAGAAUCUGUAUCUAAAAUAGACAUUGACAAACAAUUGAUAGAGAGCAAGAUGGAAUUUGUAUCAGAAGUAGAUUCUACCAGAGAAUCUGUAUCUAAAAUAGACAUUGACAAAGAAUUGAUAGAGAGUAAGAAGGAAUUUGUAUCAGAAAUGGACAUAGAUAGCAAGAAGGAAUUUGUAUCAAAAGUGGAUAUUGCCAAAGAACGAGUAGAAACGAAGAAGGAAUCUGUACCAAGAGUAGAUAUUGACAAAGAACUAAUAGAAAGCAAGGAGGAAUUUGUACCAGAAAUGGAUGUUACCAAGAAAUCUGUAUCAAAACUAGACAUUGACAAAGAACUGACAGAGAGCAAGAAGGAAUCUGUAUCAAACCUAGACAUUGACAAAGAACUGACAGAGAGCAUAAAAGAAUCUGUAUCAAACCUAGACAUUGACAAAGAACUGACAGAGAGCAAGAAGGAAUCUGUAUCAAACCUAGACAUUGACAAAGAACUGACAGAGAGCAAGAAGGAAUCUGUAUCAAACCUAGACAUUGACAAAGAACUGUUAGAAAGCAAGAAAGAAUCUGUACCAGAAAUAGACCUAGGUAGCAAGAAAGAAUUUGUGGAUGUUGUCAAAGAACGAGUAGAAACGAAGAAGGAAUCGAAACUAGAAGCAGAAAAAGAAGAGGUGAUAGAGAGCAAGAAGGAAUUUGCAUCAGAAAUGGAUGUCACCGGAGAGUCUGUAUCUAAAAUAGACAUUGACAAAGAACUAGAAAGUAAGAAGGAAUUUGUAUCAGAAGUAGAUAGCAAGAAAGAAUUUGUUGUCAGAGAAACGAAGAAGGAAUCUGCAUCAAAACCAGACGAAGAACUGACAGAGAGCAAGAAGGAAUUUGCAUCAGAACUGGAUGUAACCAGAGAAACUGUAUCCAAAAUUGACAAAGAACCGACCGAGGAUCAACCUGUACCAGAAAUAAUCAACGAACAACAAUUAGAAAUCAAGGGAAAAUCCGUCUCUGAGACGGAAGAAACGAAGAAAGAAUUUACAUGGAAACUGGACGAAAACCUACCAGACAUCGAGAAAGAGGCCAAAGUGGAGCAGCAUAUCGGCGAAGAGCGAGUAGGAAAGGAAGCAGCCUUCUCAUAUACGGAAAAACGAGACGCGGAGGAAUCAACGACGGAGGAAGAGGACAGAGGAUCGGAGGAAUCCGAGGAGGAAGAGAGAUCGACGAUCCGAGUGACGGCCGAUCUGACGGCUGGGGACCUCGUCGCCCGUGGCGCGUUCGACCCCGAGAAGGAAAAGUUCGUCGACCCCGAAACCGGAGAAGUCGUCUCCUUCCACGACUUCGUCUUGGAUCUGGGGAUCUUCGACCCGGACCACGUGCUCGUCAAGGACCUAUCUCGCAAAACGAUCGACAGGUACGUGUCCCUGCGCGAGGCGAUAGCCAAGCCUCUGGUCGACCGGAACCUCGGAUACAUGGUCGACCCGAAAACCGGCAAAAGGAUACCGUUCUUCGACGCCGUGAGAUCCGGCUUGAUAAAGGAAAGACCGCCGUUGCCCGACCGACCGACGACCGACGGCCAGCGAGCUUCGAUGACGUUACGUGACGCGGUCGAGAUCGGCCUCCUGGACCCGUCCACCCGCCAGGUCCGCGACCCGACCACCGAUCGAGCCGUCCCAUUGAACCAAGCGAUCCAGCUCGGCCUCAUCGACCCGAACUCGAUCGACGUCCGGGACCCGGUCAACGACGAGCUCUCCUCCCUCCAGGAGGUGCUCGAGUCCGGGGCGAGGAUCGACGUCGAGGAGGCGUUCGUCAAGGGUCUGAUCGUGCCCGAGUCGCGGAAGCCGAUCUCGCUGGAGGCUGCCAUCAGGAAGGGGUUGUACGACGAGGCGAGCGGCAAGAUGAGGGACCUGUUGACCGAGCAACUGAUCGACGUGGAGGAGAGCGUGAGGAGGGGCAUAAUCGACCCGGUGAUCAGCGAGUGCGCGGACAGCAAGGCGGGCACGUUCGUUUCGUUGGAGGAGGCGCUUCGGGAGCCGAGGCUGUUCGAUUCCUCGACCGGCCGGCUGCGGGACACGAGGAGCGGCGAGUCGCUCGCGUUGAGCGCAGCCCUCGACAAGGGGCUGAUAACCACCUCGGGCUUCGCGCCCACCCUGAUCGACGCCAUAGUGCGAGAGUAUUAUUGCCCGAGGACGGGCCUCGUCUCGAAUCCCAGGACCGGCGAGGAGACCACGUUGAGGGAGGCGUUGGAGACGGACUACGUGGACGGGGCGACGACCGUGGUGAGGGACGACAGGAGCGGCGAGGUGUUGUCCCUGCGGGAGGCCGGGGAGAGGCGGUUGAUCGAUCUGGAGAGAGGGAUCUUGACGCGCCCGCACUCGAUGACGUUGAACGUCGCGUACGAGAAAGGCUACAUUCUGAGCACCGUCAAGCCUUGGUCGCUGCAGCAGGCGUUGGCCCACCAAACGUACGACCCCGACCGAGGCCUGUUCGUGAUAGACGGGGUCGGGCGCACCCUCGAGGACGCGUUGGAGAGCGGGCUCAUAGCCAGGGACAGCCCGUCGGUGAAAGAUCCUAGGAGCAGCGAGAUCAUCUCGCUGGGCGAGGCUAUAGAGGCAGGCUUGAUCGAGCCCAGGACAGGCACCGCCCUGGACCCGUCCACGGGCGGGCGCAUGUCGUUGACGGACGCUGUGGAACGGGGCCUGGUCGUGCCCGCCAAGCGCAAGAUAUCCCUGCCCGAGGCCGUUUUCAAAGGUCUGUACGAGCCCACCACGGGGCGUUUCAUCGUGCCGGAGACGAGCGAGAAGCUGCAGACCGACAGGGCGAUCAAAGUGGGCGCCAUAGACCCCAGCACCGCGGUGGUGGUCCGCCAGCCGCACGGCCGAGCCAUCACGUUCAGCAAGGCCAUCAAGGAGCUGAUAGUGGACCCGAAGACGGGCACCGUGACCAACGAGAAGGGGAAGCCGAUCGAUUUCCGCGAGGCGCUCGAGCGCGGCCUGCUGCUCGAGGCGCGGCGGCCCAUGACGUUCAGCGAGGCGAUCUCGAAAGGGAUCCUGGACGAGAGGACGAACAAAUUCCUGGACCCUCAGACCGGCCUCUACCUGAGCCUGAUCGAGGCGGUGAAGGGGAACCUGAUAGACGCGGACUCGGUCACCGUGAGGAGCGGUUUCCGGGAGAGGAUAUGCCUGACGGAGGCGAUCAGGAGCGGGUACAUAGACGGGUCGUCGGGCAGGGUGCGGGUGACGGCCGACUCGAGCAUGUCGCUGCGCGAGGCUUACGAGGCAGGGCUGAUAGUGGACCACAGGGCUGCGGUCUCGCUGCAAAGGGCGAUCCACCAGGGGUUGUACGACGAUCGCAGCGGCAAGAUAACGGAUCCCAGCACGGGGAGGGCGGUGACGUUGCACGAGGCGAUGAGGAAUUGCCUGGUGAGCCCUGUCCUGCCCUGUUACUGGGACAAGAGGGCGGGCAGGCUGCUCUCGCUGGCGGAGACGUGCAGGGCCGGGGUGAUAGACAGGCGGAGCGGGAUGUUCAGGGAGCAGGGCUCGAGCGGCGUCACGUUGACCAGGGCCCUGCAAGCGGGCCUGAUCGUCGACAUCGAGAGCCCCCUCUGCCUCCACCAGGCGAUCGCGAUCAACGUCUACGAGCCGGGCACAGGCGCGUUCCACCACCCGGCCACCAAUCGAAAGCUCAGCCUGGCCGAGGCCUGCGACGCCGAAUUGAUCGACCCCUAUUCCUCCAUAGUCAAGGACGCCCGCCGCGACGAGUACGUGCCCCUGUGCCUCGCCAUCUCUUCCAAACUCGUCGACGACACCCGCGGCACCUACCUGGCCCUCCCCCCCGGCCAGCCACCCAUCGACCUGCGCGAGGCUGCGAGCAGGGGCUACGUCGUCCCCUCCAGCUUCCCCCUGCCCAUCCAGGCGGCCGUGGACAGCAACUUGUACAGGAGGCGUCCGGAGGCAGCCCUGUUCCAAUUCGUCGACCCCCGUCGAAACGAGACGCACAAUCUGGCCACCGCGUUCGAGGCAGGCCUCCUGGACCCGACCACCACCGCGCUCAAGGACGGGGUCACCGGCCAACUGGUGUCCAUGGAGCGGGGGAUGGAGACCGGCGCGAUCGACGCGGAGCAGUGCCAAGUCCUCGACACCGCGACGGGACAGUUCUACCCCAUCGACGUCGCGUUCAGCCGCGGCCUUUUGAUCGCUUUGGACAGGCCUCUCGCUCGUCACCCCGUCUACUCGGCCGUGGGCUGCGGCACGAGGGGGGAGGGGGAGGCGGAGAGGGCGGAGGAGGAGGAGGAGGCGGAGGAGAAGGUGUCGAGUUUGGAGAAGGCGAUCGAGGACGGUCUGGUGGACGCGAGGACGGCCGUGGUGAGGGAUCCGGGCAGCGGCCGCUUCGUGGCGGUCGGGGACGCGCUGGAGGAGGGGAGGAUCCUCGACCCGUCGUGGACGGGGACGUUCGGGCGCGGGGAGGCGAGGUUGGUCCGCGUUGGGGAGGCGGACGUGUACCUGGCGCAGCCGCUGGGCCUGGAGGAGGUGGUCGGGAAGGGGUUGUUGGACGGCGAGGGGAGGGUGGUGGAUUCGAGGACGAGGGAGCGGGUCACGCUGAGGGAGGCGGUGCGCCUCGGCAUCGUGGACCCCGAGUCGGCGGUGAUCAAGGACACGAGGGGGAGGAGAUUGGUACGGUUGGAGGAGGCGUUCAAGAGGGGGCUGAUGGACGCCGAGAAGGGGAACGUGUUGGAGACGGAGACGUCGAGGCUGUACGCGUUGCCGAGGGCGAUCGAGGCAGAGCUGUUGAUCACCCCGAGCCGCGGUUUCUCGCUCAUAGACGCGUUACAGUUCGGCCUUUACCACGCGGAUACCGGUAAAUUUCGCGACCCGUUCCGGCCCGCGGCCCCUCUGUCCACGUUGAAACAGGCGAUCGACUCGGCCUCCAUAGAUCCCACGAGCACCGUGAUCAAAGUGCCCGGGGCCGGUAAAAUCGUUAGUUUGUUAGAGGCGAUCAAUGCCGGGAUAGUAGAUCCUAUAGCGGGCAAGCUUAUCGAAGAUCCAUCGGGAAAGAGGCUUGACUUCGCGAAUGCCCUGGAGCAGGGUUAUAUACUCACCGCAGAAGCUAGGCAAGCGGUCGAGGAGAAGUACAAGCUGUGCGACGAAACGUCCGCGAAAUUGCUGAAAUGGAUAUCCGAGGUGGAGGAGCAGUUGGCCAACCAGGAGAACGCGAAGGAGGAUAUCGAGGAGCUUCGAAAUCAGAUAACCGCUAUGAACAAGAUCAAAGUGGACUUGGAAGCGCACUCGAGGCCGGUCUCCUCCUGCCUCGAUCAGAUCCGUCAAGUGGUUCUGACGGGUGGCAACGUGUUGUCCAGCGAGGAGGUGUCCACGCUGGAGAAGAACGGCCGAUCCCUGAAGACGAGGUUCGACAAAGCCUCGGAUCGCACCGAGAGAAUGGUGAAACGGUUGAACGCCGCCAGGGACGAAUUGGUCAAGUUCAAGAACGAGUUGUCGACGUUCUCUCACUGGCUGGAGGGUGCGAGAAGGAUUCUGGAGAAGAAGGAGCACUCGUUGUCCGACCUGAACAGGCUGCACGCGAGCACGGAUUCGACGCGCGACUUCAUCAGCGACGUGAUAGCGCACCAGGCGGAUCUCCGCUUCAUCACAAUGGCCGCGCAAAAGUUCGUGGACGAGGGGAAAGAGUUCCUCCACGCGUUGAACGAGUUCCGCGCGGGCCUCCCCCAGCCGCUGCCCGCCAAGGAGUCGACCCCCUGCGAGGCGUCCGCCGUCCGAGGCGAGGUGAGCCUCGUCUCCUCCCGCUACAAGGACCUGCUCGCCCGCGCCAACCUGCUCUCCGACAAGCUGUCGGGGGUGGGAGGCAGGCAGAGGGACUACCGGGAGUGCGUGGAGAAGGCGAGGGGCUGGCUGAGGGAGAUGGAGCCGAAGGUGAACCGAGCGGUGUCCGAGGCGACCGCGGCGGAGCCGAAACAGGUGGAGGAGCAGUUGGCGAGGGUGAAGGCGUUGAACAAGGAGAUGCUGGCCAACGAGCGUUUGGUGGAGAGCGUGAGGUCGAGCCUGGAGGCGCUGCUGCGCUCCCUGGACCUCGUGAACGCGGGCGGCGAGCAGGUGGACGACGCCUCCCACCUCCGAGACGAGGCAGACGAGCUGGCCCAGCGGGCUAACGACCUGAGGUCGAGGCUGGAGGAGAGGUACAACAGGCUGGAGAGCGCGGCCACGGCUGUGGGCCAGUUCUACGAGCGAGCCAAGGCGAUAGGGCAGCAGGUGGCCGUGGUGGAGAAGGAGUUGGACUCGAUGAGGGCGUCGAGCAGGGAGGUGAAGGCGCUGAGGGCGCAGAUGGAGGAGGCGGGGAAGGCGAUGGGCAGGGUGGGCCGCUUGUACGAGGAGGUCUCGAGUUUGGAGAGGUUGGGCGAGCGCUUGGUCGACUACGGCGUGUCGGCCGAGUGCGCGGCGGUCGGGGACCAGGUGGAGCAGCUGAAGCGACAGGUGGGCAGGCUGGACGAGCGGUCGCGCGACCGCCACCACGAGCUCUCGGCCACCCUGGACAAGUUGCAAGAGUUCCAUCGGGCGCACGGGAGCGUGAUGGCGGGGAUCGAGGAGGCGAGCGAGCGGGUGAGGCGGCUGAAACCCGUUGGCUCCGAGGUCGAGUCGAUAAAGGCGCAACAGGAGGACUUCAGGCUGCUGAAGGGGGAGAGGAUAGAGCCGCUGGCGCGGUCCGUGGACGAUUGCAACGGGGCCGGGCAGGCGUUGAUCCAGACGGCGGGCCGCGACGUGAGCACGGCCAACAUCGAGAGGGACUUGGACAGGAUGAACGAGAGGUGGAACGAGCUGAAGGAGAAGCUGAACGAGCGGGACCGCAGGUUGGACGUGGGACUGCUGCAGUCGGGCAAGUUCCAGGAGGCGUUGGACGGUCUGCAGAAGUGGCUGGCCGACACCGAGGAGAUGGUCUCGAAUCAGAAGCCCCCCUCCUCGGACUACAAGGUGAUCAAGGCGCAGCUGCAGGGCCAGAAGUUCCUCAAGAAGAUGCUGAUGGACAGGCAAAACUCGAUGUCCUCGUUGUACAACAUGGGCCAGGAGGUGGCUGGCGGGGCGGACCCCAAGGAGCGCAAGACGAUCGAGAAGCAGUUGAAGGAACUGGUGGGCAGGUUCGACAAUCUGACGGAGAGCGCGGCAGAGAGGAUGGAGGCGCUGGAGCAAGCGAUGGGGGUCGCGAAGCAGUUCCAGGACAAGCUGGUCCCGCUCUCGAUCUGGCUGGACAAGACGGAGAAGCGGGUGAGGGACAUGGAACUCGUGCCGACCGACGAGGAGAAGAUCCAGCAGCGGGUGGCCGAGCACGACGCCCUCCACGAGGACAUCCUCUCGAGGAAGCCCGACUUCAGCGAGCUGACCGAGAUAGCCAGCCAACUGAUGGCGCUGGUCGGGGAGGACGAGGCCGCCGCGUUGGCCGACAAGCUCCAAGACGCGGCCGACAGGUACGCGGCGUUGGUCGAGCGUUCCGAGGCGCUCGGCGGCUUGCUCCAACGGUCGAGGCAAGGGUUGCGCCACCUGGUGCUCAGCUACCAGGAGCUUCAAGCGUGGAUGGAGGGGAUGGAGAUCAGAUUGGCCAAGUACAGGGUGUUGGCGGUGCACACGGAGAAGCUGCUCCAACAGAUGGAGGACCUGGCCGAUCUGACCGAGGAGGUGUCGAGCCGCCAGACCGAGGUGGACAGCACGACGGACGCGGGCCUCGAGCUGAUGAAGCACAUAUCGAGCGACGAGGCGCUGCAGCUCAAGGACAAGCUCGACUCGUUGCAGCGGCGCUUCAACGACCUGGUCAGCCGGGGCUCCGACCUGUUGAAACACGCCCAGGAGUCGUUGCCCCUCGUCCAGCAGUUCCACGACAAUCACAAUCGGCUGAUGGACUGGAUGCAGGGGGCCGAGUCCGCCCUGCAGUCGGCCGAGCCGCGCGAGGACGAGAUAGUGCGCCUCGAGAUGGAGAUAUCCGAGUACAGGCCCGUCCUCGACAAGAUAAACGCCGUGGGCCCCCAGUUGGCCCAGCUGUCGCCGGGCGAGGGGGCAGCCACGGUCGAGGCGCUGGUCACGAGGGACAACAGAAGGUUCGACGCCAUAGCCGAGCAAAUUCAACGGAAGGCGGAGAGGAUACAGCUGAGCAAGCAGCGCUCCCUCGAGGUGAUAGGGGACAUAGACGACCUGUUGGAGUGGUUCCGCGAGGUGGACAAUCAGUUGAGGGAGGCCGAGCCGCCCAGCAGCGAGCCGGAGAUCAUCAGGGUCCAGUUGAAGGAGCACAAGGCGCUCAACGACGACAUCUCGAGCCAGAAGGGGCGCGUCAGGGACGUGAUCUCGACGGCGAAGAAGGUGAUCCGGGAGAACAGCCGGCACGAGGACACCUCGACGAUCAGGGAGAACAUGGAGGACCUGAGGGAGACGAUGGAGAUCGUGUCGGGUCUGUCGGCGGACAGGCUCGGCGCUUUGGAGCAGGCGCUGCCGUUGGCCGAGCAUCUGCGCGACACCCACGUCGGCUUGGUGAGCUGGCUGGAGGAGGCGGAGCAGCAGGUCGCCAUGCUUCCAAUGCCCGCGCUCAGGCCCGACCUGAUCGUCGCCCAACAGGACAAGAACGAGCUCCUCGUGCAGAGCAUAAACGAGCACAAGCCGUUGGUCGAGAAGUUGAACAAGACCGGCGAGGCAUUGAUAAAACUGUGCAACGAGGAGGAGGGGAUGAAGAUACAGGACAUCCUGGAAGCGGACACGGCCCGAUACGCGGCCCUCAGGGCGGAGCUUCGAAGCAGGCAGCAAACGUUGGAGCAAGCGCUUCAGGAAUCGUCGCAGUUCUCCGACAAGCUGGAGGGAAUGCUGCGCGCCCUUUCGUCUACGGCCGACCAAGUGAACGGGGCCGAGCCGAUCAGCGCCCAUCCGGGCAGGUUGAGGGAUCAGAUGGAGGAGAACUCGGCCCUGAUCGACGAGCUGGCGCAGAGAUCCGAGGCGUACGCGGCCGUGAAGAGGGCGGCCGACGACGUGAUCAGCAAGGCCGGGAACAGGGCCGAUCCGGCCGUCAAGGACAUCAAACGAAAGUUGGAGAAGUUGAACAAGUUGUGGGCUGACGUGCAAAAGUCGACCACCGAUCGAAGCCACACCCUCGACGAUGCCCUCCAAAUCGCGGAGAAAUUCUGGUCCGAGUUGAACGGGGUGAUGUCCACUCUGCGAGAGUUGCAGGACGCCCUGGCAGGCCAAGCGCCGCCCGCCGCCCAGCCGGCCGCCAUACAGCAGCAGCAGGUCGCCCUGCAGGAGAUCAGGCACGAGAUCGAUCAGACGAAGCCGGACGUGGAGCAGGUGCGCGCCUCCGGCCACGAGUUGAUGGGCCUGUGCGGCGAGCCGGACAAGCCGGAGGUGAGGAAGCACAUCGAGGACUUGGACCAGGCGUGGGACAACGUGACCGCUUUGUACGCGAGGCGGGAGGAGAACCUGAUCGACGCGAUGGAGAAAGCUAUGGAGUUCCACGAGACGUUGCAGAACCUUCUCGAGUUUUUGGAGGAGGCCGAGGAGAAAUUCGCCCGCAUGGGCCCCCUCGGGAGCGACAUCGACGAGGUUAAGAAACAGAUCAAACAAUUGGCCAAUUUCAAAGCGGAAGUAGAUCCUCACAUGGUCAAGGUCGAGGCUCUCAACAGGAGUCUGACAAGACAAGCCGCCGAAUUGACGGAGAGGACGUCGUCGGAGCAAGCGGCUGCCAUAAAAGAGCCGUUGGGCGCGGUGAACAAACGAUGGGACGGAUUGCUUCGGGGCCUGGUGGAGAGGCAGAGGUUGCUGGAGAACGCGUUGCUCCGCCUCGGCCAGUUCCAACACGCGUUGGACGAGCUGUUGGUGUGGAUCGAGAAGACGGACGACACGUUGGACAACUUGAAGGCGGUCGCUGGGGAUCCUCAGGUGAUAGAGGUGGAGCUGGCCAAGCUGAAGGUGUUGGUGAACGAUAUCCAGGCGCAUCAGACGAGCGUGGACACGUUGAACGACGCGGGCAGGCAAUUGAUCGAGGACGGGAAGGGAACGGCCGAGGCUUCGACGACCGCUGAGAAGCUGGGCACGUUGAAUCGCCGUUGGCGCGACCUGCUGCAACGCGCGGCCGACCGUCAACGGGAACUGGAGGACGCGCUGAGGGAGGCGCAGUCGUUCACGGCCGAGAUCCAGGAUCUGUUGUCGUGGCUGGGCGACGUGGACAACACCAUCGUCGCCUCGAAGCCGGUCGGCGGGUUACCGGAAACGGCCACCGAACAGUUGGAGCGUUUCAUGGAGGUGUACAACGAGUUGGAGCAGAGUCGAGGCAAGGUCGAGACCGUUCUUCAGCAGGGCCAGGAGUAUCUGAAGCGCGCCGAUUCGAGCAGCGCCGGGGGACUGAGCCACAAUUUGAAGACGUUGAAGCAACGAUGGGACAACGUGACAGCGCGCGCCAACGACAAGAAGAUCAAGCUCGAGAUCGCCCUGAGGGAGGCGACCGAGUUCCACGACGCCCUCCAAGUUUUCGUCGACUGGCUGACCAACGCCGAGAAGAUACUCAUGAAUUUGAAACCCGUCUCGAGGGUGAUGGAGACGAUCCUCGGCCAGAUAGAGGAGCACAAAGCGUUCCAGAAGGACGUGGGCACGCACCGCGAGACGAUGCUCAACCUCGACAAGAAGGGGACCCAUUUGAAGUAUUUCUCCCAGAAGCAGGACGUGAUCCUGAUCAAAAACUUGUUGAUAAGCGUGCAGCACAGGUGGGAGAGGGUCGUCUCGAAGUCGGCGGAGAGGACCAGGGCGCUGGAUCACGGUUACAAGGAGGCGAGGGAGUUCCACGACGCUUGGUCCGGUCUGAUGAAUUGGCUCGACGAAACUGAGAGGAUCUUGGACGAGGUGGCGGGGGAGGGGGCUGGGCUGGGCGGCAACGACCCGGAGAAGAUCAAGGCGAGACUGAACAAGCACAGGGAGCUGCAGAAGGCGCUCAGCGCGAAGCAGGGCGCGUACGACACCGCGAUGAAGAACGGCAAGUCGUUGAAGGACAAGGCGCCGAAGAGCGACGAGCUCGCGUUGAAGGAGCUGUUGAACGAGCUGAAGAACAAGUGGACGACCGUGUGCGGCAAAUGCGUGGACAGGCAGAGGAAGCUCGAGGAAGCGUUGCUGUUCUCGGGACAGUUCAAGGACGCGGUGCAGGCGUUGCUCGAGUGGCUGGUCAAGUCGGAGAAGCAGUUGGCCAACACGGGGCCGCUUUUCGGCGACCUCGACACAGUGAUGAACUUGGUCGAGCAGCACAAAACGUUCGAGAAGGAUCUCGAAUCGAGAGCCACCCAGAUGGAGUCCGUGAUCAGAACGGGCCGCGAGCUCCUCGACAAGGCGACGCAGGACGACGCGGCCGCGAUCGGCUCUCAGCUGGCCGAGUUGAACGACCUCUGGGACACCGUGACCAGAUUGUCCUCGGACAAGACUGGCCGCCUGGAGGCGGCCCUCAGGGAGGCGGAACGCUUGCACAAGGCUGUCCACGUGCUUCUCGAGUGGCUGAGCGACGCCGAGAUGAAGCUGAGAUUCGCUGGACAGCUGCCCGAGGACGAGCAGGAGAGCAGGAACCAGCUGAUGGAGCACGAGAAGUUCUUGCGGGAGUUGAGGGCGAAAGAGGUGGAGAAGGAGCAGACGUUGGAGCUGGCGCAUACGAUCCUCGCCAAGGCGCAUCCGGACGGCGCUCUGGUCAUCAAACACUGGAUAACGAUCAUUCAAUCGAGAUGGGAGGAGGUGUCCACCUGGGCGCAGCAAAGGAAUCAGAGGCUGGAGAAUCACAUGCGCGGACUUCAGGACCUCGACAAUCUUUUGGAGGAGUUGUUGUCGUGGUUGGAGGGGUUGGAGAACACCCUGAACACGCUCGAGGCCGAGCCACUGCCGGACGACAAAGCCACUCUGGAAAUGUUGAUCGGGGAGCACAGGGAGUUCAUGGAGAGCACGAGUCGUAGACAGGACGAGGUCGAUCGCGUGUGCAAAGCCAGGCAGAUCAAAUCCGCGAAAGACACGAAGAAGAUAACGAAGGCUAAGUCGCCCGCGCCAACCCGAGCCAGCCCAGGUCGUGAGAGAACGCCCGAUUCGUUGCCGCACAUCGGCCCACGCUUCCCACCUAAAGGAAGCAAAGGCGCCGAACCCGAGUUCCGUAGCCCGAGAGUGAAACUUUUGUGGGACAGAUGGAGACACGUUUGGAUGUUGGCCUGGGAACGUCAACGCCGUCUACAGGAUAAAUAUAAUUACAUACAGGAAUUGGACCGAGUCGCGAACUUCAGUUGGGAAGAUUGGCGUAAGAGGUUCCUAAAGUUCAUGAAUCACAAGAAGUCAAGGCUAACGGAUCUCUUCAGAAAGAUGGAUAAGAACAACGACGGUCUGAUCCCACGCGAGGAUUUCAUCCAAGGAAUCAUGAAUACCAAAUUUGAGACUUCGAGGUUAGAAAUGGGAGCAGUCGCGGAUCUGUUUGACCAACAUGGCGAAGGAUUAAUAGAUUGGAAGGAGUUCAUCGCAGCUUUGAGACCAGAUUGGGAAGAACGUAGGACGUACAACGAUACGGAUAAGAUCCACGAUGAAGUGAAACGAUUGGUGAUGCUCUGUACUUGCCGACAGAAAUUCCGCGUGUUCCAAGUUGGCGAAGGAAAAUAUAGGUUCGGAGACAGUCAAAAGUUGCGAUUGGUACGAAUUCUACGAUCGACCGUAAUGGUACGAGUCGGUGGUGGUUGGGUAGCUUUGGACGAAUUUUUAUUAAAAAAUGAUCCUUGCCGCGUUUUUCUAAUGCCGAUACCGGACCCUAACAAACCGGAACAACACGAGGGUUGGUGUCCGCUCGCCAAGGGAAGAACGAAUAUCGAGCUGCGAGAGCAAUUCAUAUUGGCGGACGGGGUCAGCCAGACAAUGACGGCGUUCAGAUCGAAGCCGAGCCCUACCUCCACAUUGCAGCGUACCCAUAUCUCAUCCGCGAGUGCCGGACCUAUCACCAAGGUGAGGGAGCGAAGUGCGCGAAGCGUUCCAAUGGGACAAUCGCGGGCAUCCCGCUCCUCGCUCAGCGCCGGCACGCCGGAUAGCCUGAGCGACAACGAGAGUUCCUUCAAGAUUGCCUCGGCAAGGAAAUCGAGCACACCGUACAGAAGCACAAUGACACCUGGAGGUAGCCGGCCAUCCUCGAGACCGGCUUCGAGACCAGCGUCCAGACCCACCAGCAGGCCCGGAAGUAGACCGGCGUCCCGACAAGGAAGCAAGCCACCGAGUCGAUAUGGAUCCACUCAGUCGUUGGACAGCACUGACGAGUCGACGAACGUUAGCCGUAUUCCGCGAAGAACGGCGGUGAGCACGACGGGAAACACUCCUACAUCGAGCAGGCACAACAGCGUUUCAGGAAAACGGCUUGGAACGCCUGUGAACGGGUCGAGUUCGCGGCCCCGAACACCAACAGGGCUUGUUAGCCCCGCGAGUGGUGUCCCAUCCAGGUUUGGCACGAUCCAUAGAGCUUCGAGCAUUCCAACCCUGACUGGUGUCGGCACACCGAUCAGCCGCUCGAGGAUCCCCGUGUACGUGGGCACGGAUAUUAAAUCCCCACAAUCGACGACCAGCAAUAUUUCCACUCAUUCUACGCAAAGCAACCACUCGACUGUUUCUACCGAUUCUACCGGGAGCAGCUCGAUGUGUACAAAUUCAGCCACUAACACCUCGUCGGCCGUUAAGCAAGCUAGAACGAGGACACCGUCCAGUGGAUCGAGCACGCCACUGCCUCCAUCGUUGAAGCUGUCCAGGAAGCCUUCCGGUGCAUCGGACACGUCCGUUUCGACGACGACAACGACAACACCCGCCUCCCAUCGAAAAGGAAAACCAACCCCGGUCGAUCAACGAGCGCCGUUCCGUUUAUAGUAGUCAUCGCACCAGCUCGAGAUUAAAAAAUAAAAAAAAAAUAAAAAAAUAGGCAAUAAACGGCGACCGUUAUCCUUCGAGAAUCGAGGAUAUCGGAUAAUAGAAAGAUCAAAAGUCGGGGAGGGGGGGUGCGCGUGAGCGCUGUUUAUUAGGAUAUUUUAAUGAUAUUAUAUAUAUAUAUAUAUAUAUAUAAAUAUAUAUAAAUAAUAUAUAAAAAGGAAAAGAAACAUAAAAAAGGAAAAAAAAAGAAUAACGAUUCUUCGAACGAGAGGGAUCGCCCGAGAGGGGUUUGUUGCUUGCUAAUCCUCGUUGCCAAUCGUUGCCAAGCUUCUCUCUUUUCCUUUCAGCCUCGAACGAACGAAUUAUCGAUCGAGGAGGCUGCCCCUCUCGGGCAUACGUUCCGUCGGUAUACGAAUCGAAUAUAAAAAAAGAGCUUAUAACACUAUUGAUGAGAUAUUUUGUAAAAAAGAAAAAAAAUAGAAAGGAGAUGACGAUUACGAUGACGACGAUUAUAACGAAUUGGACGCGCGUUCGAAUGGGAGUGAGAAAGAGAGAGAGAGAGAGAGAGAGUGAGCGCGCGAUCCGAAGAGGAAAAAGUAAUUGAUCGCGGUAACCGCGAACGUCCGUGUGACGCGUACGUAAAUAAAUCGAUACGUAUGUGGGGAAGACGUUCGCUCCGCGAAUAUGACGACGACGACCGAAAUGAAUUUAACAUUAUUUCGUAAAUAAGUUUUUCUUUACCGAAAGAAUUAGCUCGUAACGAUUAAUUGUAAUUGUAAUUUUACGUUAUCCAUAGGGAUUAUUACUACUACUAUUACUACUACUACUAUUAUUACUACUACUACUAUUACUACUACUGCUACUACUACUGCUACUACUACUACUACUACUACUACUACUAUUACUAGGUUUUUACCGGUCGUAACACAAUCGAAGAAACGAGCGUUUCAUGUUCGCGGGUGUAAUGCGUAUUCACGAAUCACGAGAUCGCCGACUUCGUCGAUUCGAUCGAUCCUUUCUUUUUUCCCUCCUCCGUUUCUUUUCCACAUUGUUUCUCUAUUUUUGUUUUUUUUUCUCUCUUUCCAAUUACCAUUUGUUAAUCACCGCUCCGUCUCUCGUUUUUUCACUUUACUAGAGAUAGAGAAGAAAAAAAAAGGGCCCCUACGGAAGAGAGCACGAUCGAAAUUAAGAAAGAGUGAGAGUGAGAGAGAGAGAGAGACAAAGAAAUGAGCAUCGUGUAUAAUUAAUGCUCGAUCCUCCUCCAAGUCGGUGUCGCGUCGGGAACUCAACUCCGCGAGUAAGACAAUUUCCUAAAAAAGAAAAAAAGAGAAAAAAAAAGAAAGAAAAAGACACGAAUUUAACGCUACUACACGCAACAUGAUUGCCUUACGUCUGUCGCCGUAAAACCGCUUCUGCGCGAAAUCGUACCUGCCUUACCGAAGUGAGCCGACCCACGGAUGAACCGAAAGGGCCCUUGAACGAAGUUGUUAUCGGCCGAGCGAACGAAAUAAUAUAUGAACAUAACCUGUGCUUCGAUGUCCGGUGGUAAAAGAAGAAAAGAAACCAGUUCCAACCAGUCUUGUCGGGCUUUACAAACGGUGUAAAUCUAUUUUGCAAAUUUCCGAGCGUUUGCUCCCUCCCUCCACCCCUCUUUUUCUUCCUCUUUUUUUUUUACAUUUUAAAACGCGCGCGCGUGAGAGAGAGAGAGAGAGAAAUAGCACGAUUCAAGUAACGAACGAACGAACGAAUGAUGUGAUUAAUCUAUUAACUAUUCUUAAAUGUUUAAUCUCUGUUUUCCGCUUUACUUGAAGGUUCUGUAUCGUCGCUACUACUAAUUGCAGUGGAAAAAAAAAUAUACGCAAAACGCACACGCAUUUGACACCAAAAAACAAAAAAAGCAAAAAAAAAAAGAUACGAAAAAAAUGAAAA